CAUCUGUAACUCGAUGCAUAUCACAAGCAACAGAGUCGGAUGCCAGGAGUAAUGAAGCACUUCUUCUGAAGGCCUUUGUUAGAACAUACGUGCAGGAAUGGGGUUGUCCGACAGCUUGGUUCUUUACGCCGAGCUGCUCGCCAAUAUCCGCCAGAUUUCCCUCGCUGCGUCGCUCCCUUCAGCCAGCGACGCGUCGACUCAGGUCGCACUGUCGUCCGACUGCAGAACUGUCCAGCUCAGACAUCGCAAUGACUGCAGUCAACUGACGCUUCCAGCCAAGGCAUCCCUCGGCGGCACAUUGCUCCCCAUCCAAGAUAAACAAAAAGGCGCCACGACACUCACAUGGCGGCUGCCGCUCGACGCCUCAUCCGCCUCACCUUCCUCUUCGGGUGAUCUUAUACCUUGGUCAGCGUCUGAUCUACAUCCAGGCUCCGGGGUUGCCUGCAGACAGUGCGGCACUGAGGUUGUGCCAUCCCUUUCGGCGAAGGUAUGGAAAGACCUCCCCAGCGAGAACUGGGCCGAGAUGAUGGAGUUCUGGCAUUGCCACAAGCCAGACCACCAUCACCACCACAACCAUGGGGGAGAUAGUGGGAGAGCGGAUGAAGAGAGCCUCGCCUCGAGAGGUUAUGGUGCCUCCUCGGUUAUUUCAGCUCAAGAAGGUGUUGGCUUUGUGGACCUCACAACGCUACUUUUUGCCGAGAAGGACUGCCGAAACAUCGUGUUCUCCCUGGGCAGCUAUGAGCAAGGCUCGACAGACCGACAGAACUUAGAGUUCCCUGAUUCUACAACCGCUCAAAUCCGCAGUCUGAACAUCUUCUGCUCCUCUUGCCGUGCUCAGCUUGGCUUUUUCAACGUCCGAACCGCCGCAGUCACGUUGCUCAAGUGGCAAAUAUCGUGCAAGGCCACCUCAGGCGCUGCCCCAGGCAUCACACAAUGCCUUGGAGCCACGCUUAUCUCAACCAUCUCUCGGUCAGGGUCCUCUAAGUCACUCAUAUCGCCAAUACCGGAAACAGCCCAGGAAACGGACGACAAGGCAAUCCAUGUCUGGGUUCUCAAUAGCAGCAUCGUGUAUUCAUCCAGUGACGCCCCGCAACCGACGCCGGCAAUCAAGCUUCUCUACCGGCCGAUAGGCGUCAAGGAAGCUGACAAGAUGUUGGAAGCCGUUACGUGUGAUGCGCAAGAAAUCAACUUGCCUGCUCAGGCGCUGGGGGAGGUUAUCCGACACCUUGACAGGAGUAAUGUCUUGCUGCCGCCGUCAGAGCGGAUGUUUAAGCAGUGGAAAGUGGGGUUGUUGACGAGGUGGGAAGCUAAAGGGUGAUACUUCAAGUGACUGGGAAAGAAUCGUUGGACGGGUGUACGGUUUGCAAGAAGACGCAGACAAAGAAGAAACACCCCUUCCAGAGCUCGCCAAAGCCAACCAACCCGGUCCACCAUCAACCAAGCCAGGUCCUGGGGCAUCCGGAUUGUACCGUUCCGACUAAGGUACUUGACCGCCUGACACUGCC